UAAUAGAAAAAAGUGCUUAAACAAUUGGGCUUAAAAUACAAUAGUAUGUAGAAGUUGUAGUGUAUAUAUAUAGAGUGAGGAGACCUCGAACUGUUUAGUCUGAGACGAGGGCCGCAGUGAACCGGUCGCGUGACCCUGCCACACUCUUUCACAUACACAAUCAGCAUGAAGGCAAUAAUUUUAGUGUGUGUACUAGCAGUGACUUCAGUAUGGGGACAAGCAAAACCACAACUUAGAUUUGCGUGGAAAGAAGUCGACUACGCAUGGGACACCCCGGCAGACAAAGAGAACGCUAUCAAAGAUGGAAAAUUCGUUUCUGCUCACAACUUGCCGUUGGGUCUGGCGCGGUGGAAGAACAAGCUCUUCAUUACAGUGCCAAGAUGGAAGAAUGGAGUAGCUUCUUCAUUGAACUAUGUAGAUGUCGACGGACCACAGGACCAGCCCUUGAAACCAUAUCCAUCGUGGAAAGACAACCUCGUGGCUGACACAGAGAAGUCUCUACCCUCAAACAACUCUAUCAUCUCUGUGUUCAGAGUGUUUGUGGACGCAUGUGAUAGACUGUGGGUUAUGGACUCCGGCCUGGCUGAUAUUCUGGGGUCGCCCAACCAAGUGGCCGGACCGUCUCUAGCCAUCUUCGAUCUGAACACUGAUCAGCUGGUGCACAGAUAUUUCUUCAAAGUCGAUGACAUGAAAGAAGACUCAUUCUUCGCCAAUGUCGUGGUAGACGUAGACAAGGAUACCUGCGACAACGCUUUUGCAUACAUCCCUGAUCUGGGUGGUUAUGGCGUGGUGGUGUACAGUUUGAAGAAAGACGACUCCUGGCGUGUUUCCCACCAUUACUUCCACUUCGAUCCUCUAGCGGGUCAGUACGACGUGGGCGGUAUCAAAUUCCAGUGGACCGAUGGAGUCUUCGGACUGGCGUUGUCCGAACCUAGGGAGAAUGGAUACAAGACGAUGUUCUUCCACGCAUUCUCAAGCACCAAAGAGUUCUGCGUAUCCACGGAACUCCUACGCAACUACACUCACCUCGACAAAGACGAGGCAUUCCAUGACUUCAAGUUGUUGGGCGACAAAGGUGAACGCACCCAGGCAUCUGCGAGCUACUACGACCCGAAGACUCAAGUUCUUUUCUACACACAGGUCAACCGUGACGGGGUCGGGUGUUGGAACACGAACAAACCAUUCACUGUGGAGAACAACGCCCUGCUGUUCAGCGAUGCAUCGCUCUAUGAGUUCCCUAACGACUUGAAGGUGGACAGCGAAGGCACCCUGUGGCUGCUGAUAGACAAGCUUCCUCGGUUCAUCUACAAAGGCCUGGACGCUAACGAGGUCAACUACAGGAUAUACAGCAUAAGCACCACUGAUGCCAUUGCCGGCAGUGCUUGCCAGGCCUAAUUUAAUCUCUUAUACCAGCUUAAAUAGUCAACCAAAUUACAGUACAAUCACAACAGUAAGAUUUCUUUCUACUGACUAAACCCUGGUUGGGAGUGUGGGUCCUAGCCCACACAACUAUGUAUGCUACUAUGUAUACAAUAGUACAACAAUAAUAAUAAUAACCCCUCGCACGCCUUUCAAAAGUCCGGGACUCCAUAGGCCCGAGAUAUGGAAACAACAUACAAAUAAUAAUAAGCAUUGUCUUAAAGGGCCUCUGCGUGUUGGCUUCGGCCCCACGCACGCUUUCCAAAAGUCCGGGACUUCAUAGGCCCGAGAUAUGGAAACGACAUACAAAUAAUAAGCAUGCUACAGCAAAUCUAAAUGCACAUAGAGGCGGUUCUGGGGGCGGCCGGUAUUUUUACAAGUUCGUACGAUAUGUGGCGCGGUUUUAUACAAACUAUUACAAACUUCCCCCUAUUCUACCGUCUCUGUGUGCAUUGAAAAGUCGAAAAACCACUUCAAUCUGAUUUGCACCGAUUGCAGCCCUCAAUGGCUGAAAUAUUAUGUAACUUCCUUGAUUGAUAGUAUUAUGUCAAACCCGUCCUUUUACAUUAAUCAUCGAGUACUAACAUGAUAUUGCGCAUUUUUUGAGUCUAACAAAGACUCUUUUCAGUCGCGGACUAUGGGGCAUUGUUCUGUUUAUCUACGCAUUAACGUAAUAUGAAGUCUGAUACGAGUUAUAUUUUUGCAAAGUGGAUUGAUACAUUUACCACAUUAAUCUGGGCCAUUGAAGCACCAGUGAUGCAAUGUCAUUGAACUAGGAUGUAGUAGUUGUUUCACCAUAACUAGUUUGUGAUGAAAACGAUCUAGUUAGGUUUGUCCGGACACGAUUAUCGAUUAGCCCCAAUUUGCAAUUUGUAGUCUGUCUUAUCACGUGCAGAAGGUUCAUGGUACGGUCCACGUACUAAAUGCACGUAGGUAGUUGUAGCUUUCGAAACAAAGACAUAUAAUGUAUGCAUAUACUGUUAAAUUUUGUUGUAAAAUUUUAAAAUAUAUCAUGCAGCGUAGCCUUCCUAAAGGAAACCUGACUUAUUCCAUGAAAAGCCGACGAGAAAUUACAUUUAUUUCCUUAUAUUAUUUCAUAUUAAUCCAUGACUACAAUGAUCUCGAAAAAUGUAUAAACAAGUAAUUCUUGAAGCUGAAUUUGUGUUAAGUAAUUGUGAUUUAUAACUAACGACAUAUAAGUUCAUAUAACACACUAUAUUUGCAUAAUAAGUACAAGCCAUUAUUAGAAUGUACUUACGAUAAUAAUAUUUUGUUUAUCGACCGUAACAUUAACAGACUUGACUAAGAUAAGAGUUAACAAACACUACGUAUGUACACAAUUACCUAUGCAUAUUAUAGGUAUGCAACUAUAUUAUACGAUUUCAUUUGUUAUUACUUACAUAAGAGUACAAAUAAAUUGUCUAAGUUAGAAUACGAUUUAAAUAAAUAAAGAUUACAUAAA